AUGUCCAACAAAUUCCCUGAGAUUGAUGUUCCUCAAUCCAAUGGUGAUGAUCUAGACCACUCGGAUUUCCUCUCUCGUGAAAAAGAGUUACUCGGAGAUGAAUUCAAAACGGACCAAGACAAAGUAUUGGAAGAGGACAGUGAUGAUGAAUUCAACGAGUUCAAAGAGCAAUUCCCAGAAGUUGAAGGAAGCGAAAGUGUGCAACAAGAGUUCAAAUCUACCGAGGAAGUUGACGAUGAAGAUGCAGAUGUUGCCCUUGCUGAUUAUGGAGCAACAGAAACAGUCAAAGAUUUAUCACAGUCCACCUCCAUAAAGGAAUGGAAACAACGCAGGGACUUGGAGAUUGAAGAGAGGGAAAAAGUCAAUGAGCAAAAGAAGAAGGACAUUUUAUCGAAAGCACAACAAACAAUUGAUGAUUUUUAUGAAAACUACAAUCUGAAAAAGGAGAAGCAUAUUGCUGAGGUUGAGAAGGAGCAAGAAGCAUUCUUGAAAAAAAGAGACGAGUUUUUGAAGCAUGGAACUUUGUGGGAUAGAGUGAACGAGUUGAUUGAUGCCGUUGGAGUACCCACUGUGGACUCAGAGGGUAAUGACAAGACAAGGUAUAGAAACUUUUUAAAGAAUUUAAAAGGCAAGGAAAAGGUACCGGGCGCAGGUGGAUAUCAAGAAUAA